ACCCAAAUUAGAAGAUUACAAAGUGAGAUUUUCUAUUUCUAUCAAAGAUGUGUAUAAGAAAAAUUCAAGAGUAGCAGGAAGGGUUUAGGCCUCUAUUUAUAGUGGAGAGCCUUGGUUUAUCAAACAAAACUAACAGCAUUUAGAAUAGGGAAUUCGUAACACAAUUAAUGGUACGAAUCUAGUGGAAGACAAACACCGGUCUUUUCCCACUGUGAUGACUUGACGAGCACAAAGAGUCAUCCAGACACCAUUUCUCAUUCAGCGGUGGAACCCCAUUUCACCGAUCAAAUCAUCAGCUCUCAUACUUUCCACACUCAGUGAUGAAACUGUGCUAGGACUUACGAGCAAGAUUGCGUUUAGAUCCGAAAAGCCCUAACAAAAUUACAAACUUCUUUGCCUGGAAAACAUUUGGAGUUUGGGUUUUCGAUUUUGUAGAGAUUAUAGGGGAGUUGGUGGGAAGAUGUUAUCGAACCAUUUUCCGAACGGGAUGCAGGCGGCCAAGACGACGUGGUCGCGGCUUCCGACGAUGGACGACGACGACGGCGAUGGGAUAGGCCCCUCCAAGAAGAUGCACGACAGCUCUGUGGAGAGUCUCGACUAUGAAAUCGUUGAGAAUUACGCCUAUCGGGAACAACAGGAAAGGAUUCUUAUCCUACUGGCUUAAUAGUAUUCCUCCAUCCUGUCAGUUUUUUUUUGUGGAUUAAUUUUAGUUUUUUAUGGACAGGCAAAGAAGGGGAAACUUUAUGUGGGAUAUUCAGUUGUAGUGAAUUGGUUGUUUGCUUUACUUACGGGUAUAGGAACAGGACUUGCAGCUAUUUUCAUCAACAUAUCUGUUGAAAACUUUGCAGGAUGGAAAUACUCGUUAACUUUUAAAAUAAUCCAGAAGUCCUACUUUGCUGGAUUUCUUGUAUAUACUUCGAUCAAUUUGGCUCUAGUGCUCUCUUCGGUAUAUAUUGUUACACAUUUUGCUCCAGCAGCAGCAGGAUCAGGAAUUCCUGAAAUCAAGGGUUAUUUAAAUGGAAUUGACACACAUGGAAUCCUACUCUUCAGAACUUUAAUUGGAAAGAUUUUUGGAAGCAUAGGUUCAGUUGGAGGUGGUCUAGCCCUUGGCAAAGAAGGUCCUCUUGUACACACUGGUGCCUGUAUUGCCUCAUUGCUUGGACAAGGUGGAUCCGCAAAGUAUCAUUUGAGUUCAAGGUGGCUACAGUUUUUUAACAGCGAAAGGGAUCGCCGUGAUCUUGUAACCUGUGGAUGUGCAGCAGGAGUUGCAGCAGCUUUUAGAGCUCCAGUAGGUGGUGUGCUCUUUGCACUUGAAGAAGUUACAUCUUGGUGGAGGAGUCAACUGAUGUGGCGUGUCUUCUUUACCUCAGCCGUGGUUGCGGUUGUUGUUCGUUCAGCAAUGGGUUGGUGCAGGAGUGGAAAGUGUGGUCAUUUUGGCUCAGGAGGCUUUAUUAUCUGGGACAUUUCUGGGGGUCAAGAUGACUAUUCUGUUGUCGAAUUGCUGCCCAUGGCCAUUAUUGGUGUAAUUGGAGGCCUUCUUGGAGCAUUAUUCAACCAACUUACUCUAUUUAUAACUCUUUGGCGUCGAAACAAGUUGCACAAAAAAGGCAGUCGCGUGAAAAUUAUUGAAGUCUGUAUCAUCUCGUUGAUAACUUCAGCUAUUUCGUUUGGAUUACCAUUGUUUAGAAGAUGCACUCCUUGUCCUGAUUUUGAUUCCAAUACAGGAAUUGAAUGUCCCCGUGCACCGGGAAUGUAUGGAAAUUACGUAAAUGUAGGAUCAUAUUCACUAUUAUUGAAUCUAGCAAAUGAAUUUGUGCUUUUAUUGUUAGUCACGGUUUGCAUGCUGACAGUGUUGCAAUGUAGCAUGAAUUAGCAUGCAUAAUGCAGUAGCAUGUGUGAGCUUUAAGUAGAACUUUUACAUUGGGAAUGCAUGUCUGCUCUGUUUCGGCUACAAUCUUAUUUCUUAUUAAUUACAUUAUUUAUGCAUUUUGUUGAAUGCUGAGGCUGGAUGCUAGUUAGAGUAUGUAUUAUUUUGAAGAAACAAUUGUCAAGAGCCACCAAAGUAAUAUUGUGACUUGCAAAUAGCUGCCUUAAUUUGUUUAAAGAGAAUCACAUACAUUGCCAUUAUUUGUUGAUUGGAACAACCAAACACCAAUUUCUGGCCAGAAUAUGAUCAGGUCUCCCUGACUUACCCUCUCCCUUUCCCUUUCAAUUUACAUUUGCUGGCGACAGAAUGACAACUUUGCUGACAACUGAACGACCUUGCUAACUGCACUUCGUCUCUCCAUUGUAUUGCAACAUUCGUUCAAUACUUCGAGUUUCAACGAGCAAGGUGGCCACCACAAUAACUUAGCAAGUCUGGU